ACAAACGCCAGCAGCCCGUGCAAUAAUAUCCUGGCACACACAGGCGCUCACGAGUUUCUCGGUGCCAGCUUGCAGGACAGCGACUCCCGAAACCAAGCCUGCCCUUGGCGAGCUUUCUCUGGUCUCCAGACAGCUCCUCUGCGGCCUCCCGCACCAUCACCUGGAUCCGACCCUUUCGCCACCUAGGAACCUGGAAGCUCUAAAAGGUGCUGGCUCAAGAAGCACCAGAGGUUGUCUUUAAGAAGAGUAAUUUCCAAUGCCUAAGAAUAGCAAAGUAGUAAAGAGAGAUUUGGAUGAUGAUGUCAUUGAAUCUGUCAAAGACCUCCUGUCCAAUGAAGACUCAGUGGAAGAUGUUUCUAAGAAGAGCGAACUAAUUGUUGAUGUUCAAGAAGAGAAAGAUACAGAUGCUGAAGAUGGAUCUGAAGUUGAUGAUGAAAGGCCAGCUUGGAACAGUAAGCUGCAAUACAUCUUGGCGCAAGUUGGAUUUUCUGUAGGUCUGGGGAAUGUGUGGCGGUUCCCAUAUCUCUGCCAAAAGAAUGGCGGUGGUGCAUAUCUUUUGCCAUAUUUAAUACUACUUCUGGUGAUAGGAAUUCCACUCUUCUUCUUGGAACUUUCUGUGGGUCAAAGAAUUCGGAGAGGCAGCAUCGGGGUUUGGAAUUACAUAAGCCCUAAACUGGGUGGGAUUGGAUUCGCAAGCUGUGUAGUGUGCUAUUUUGUGGCUCUCUACUACAAUGUCAUCAUUGGCUGGACAUUGUUUUACUUUUCUCAGUCUUUUCAACAACCUCUCCCUUGGGAUCAAUGCCCCCUGGUGAAAAAUGCAUCUCAUACUUAUAUUGAGCCAGAAUGUGAAAAAAGUUCUGCCACCACUUAUUACUGGUACCGUGAAGCACUGGAUAUCACCAGUUCCAUCUCUGAAAGUGGGGGCUUAAACUGGAAGAUGACUAUCUGCCUGCUGGCUGCCUGGGUCAUGGUUUGUCUGGCCAUGAUCAAAGGCAUUCAGUCCUCUGGAAAAAUCAUGUAUUUUAGUUCUCUGUUCCCCUACGUGGUACUUAUAUGCUUCCUAAUAAGGUCUCUCCUUUUAAAUGGUUCAAUUGAUGGCAUCCGACACAUGUUCACCCCUAAGCUUGAAAUGAUGCUGGAGCCCAAGGUUUGGAGAGAGGCAGCGACUCAAGUCUUCUUUGCCUUGGGUUUGGGAUUUGGUGGAGUCAUCGCGUUUUCCAGUUACAACAAGAGAGACAACAACUGCCACUUCGAUGCUGUCCUCGUGUCUUUUAUCAACUUUUUCACUUCAGUCCUGGCAACACUGGUGGUGUUCGCAGUUCUGGGGUUCAAAGCCAAUAUCGUAAAUGAAAAGUGCAUUUCACAAAACUCCGAGAUGAUCUUGAAACUUUUGAAAACGGGAAACGUUAGUUGGGAUGUCAUUCCCCGUCACAUCAACCUUUCAGCUGUCACUGCAGAAGAUUAUCAUGUAGUUUACGACAUCAUUCAAAAAGUGAAGGAGGAGGAGUUUGCUGUUCUUCAUCUCAAAGCCUGUCAAAUUGAGGAUGAGCUAAAUAAAGCUGUGCAGGGCACUGGCUUGGCUUUCAUUGCCUUUACGGAGGCCAUGACACAUUUUCCCGCGUCUCCCUUCUGGUCAGUGAUGUUUUUCCUCAUGCUGAUAAAUCUCGGGCUCGGCAGCAUGUUUGGAACCAUUGAAGGAAUAAUCACUCCUGUUGUGGACACAUUCAAAGUGAGGAAGGAAAUACUCACUGUUAUCUGUUGCCUCCUAGCAUUUUGUAUCGGCUUGAUGUUUGUGCAGCGCUCUGGAAAUUACUUCGUUACAAUGUUUGAUGAUUAUUCUGCCACAUUGCCUCUGUUAAUCGUGGUCAUCUUGGAGAAUAUUGCUGUAAGCUUCGUUUACGGCAUAGAUAAGUUUCUAGAAGACCUAACAGACAUGUUAGGAUUUGCUCCAAGCAAAUAUUACUACUACAUGUGGAAAUACAUUUCUCCUCUAAUGCUAGUAACAUUGUUAAUAGCUAGCAUUGUGAAUAUGGGAUUAAGUCCUCCGGGAUAUAAUGCAUGGAUCAAGGAGAAGGCAUCCGAAGAAUUUCUGAGCUACCCGAUGUGGGGGAUGGUGGUCUGUUUCUCUCUGAUGGUGCUGGCCAUACUUCCUGUCCCAGUCGUUUUCGUCAUUCGUCGCUGCAACCUCAUAGAUGAUAGUUCUGGUAACUUGGCCUCUGUGACCUAUAAGAGAGGAAGAGUCCUGAAAGAACCCGUGAACUUAGACGGCGAUGAUGCAAGCCUCAUUCACGGAAAGAUACCAAGUGAAAUGUCGUCUCCAAAUUUUGGUAAAAAUAUUUAUCGAAAACAGAGUGGUUCUCCGACCCUGGACACUGCUCCCAAUGGACGCUAUGGGAUUGGGUAUUUGAUGGCAGAUAUGCCAGAUAUGCCAGAGUCUGACUUGUAGCUGAGUGAAAGCAAAGGGUUGAGCUUGGUUCAUUUUUAUCAAUGAGCAUUGGUUCUACUAUGAGAAGCAGUGAGCUUCACUUGUCACAAGGUGAUCUCAGGUGUCCAUAGCCGCCAUCUUUAAUCUCAACAGUUUAAGACAGUUCCAGAAGAGCAAUCCUCAGUUUACAUUUACAAAGUAACAAUUGCAGACAAAGCUUACAUUGACUGGGGUCCUAUUUUGCCAGGAUUUUUUUUAAAAAGCACUUUGACAUACUUUCAAGUAUUUCUAUCUCUUAAAAAAAAGGUGUUACCUCAGUUUCUAAUAAUUUCCGGAUUUAAUAUUAUUGGCGAUUUGAAAAAAAAAAUCCCUGGUAUAUCUUACAAUUCAUAAUUUUGCCUUCGGGGUAAGUUCCAGUAUUACCGUGAACAGUUGUGUGUGAGCGGGUGCUUCUCAGCACAUUGCCAUGAGUACGUUCUGUAGAUAGCCUGUACUUAUCUUUGGUAGCAUCGAAACCUUAGGCACUUAGUUGGAGAAAACUUCAAAGUAUUUUCUUAUAUGAUAGCCGCCUAGAGCAAUAGUAUUAAAGAGUAAGAAGGCACUGAUGGUGGAUGAGAGGUUAAGUCCAGAUGUGAUCGAGGGUUUCCUGGAGUGGCCGUAUAUUUUGUGUAAAAUAGGUGUGUGCAAAUGAUUGAAGGGACUCUCGAGAAUUAUGCAGACUGCAUUUUUCUUAUGCCGUGUGCCUAAUAAACCUACUUAAUAUUUAUUGUGGUUUUGAGAUCACUUAUAGUAUAUUUAUAUAAUAUACUUGCAAUGUAUAGAGAUGCGCAUCAGGACUCUUAAGUGCUGGUUUGAAAACUUGAAGCAAGAUAGCAUCUGAUUUUAUGUUUCUGUUUUGCUUCAUUUUAUGCAAAUACGAAUUCUUUUUUUAAGUGAUUGUUAAAACUGUAUGGCAUUACAUUUUAACCUACAAAUAAACGAAGUUUAACAAUGG